AUGACGAUACCUGCAAGCGCUACUUUUGAUACACUUCCGGUGGAGAUUAUCACAUACAUCAUGAAUUGCCUUUCCUACGAUGAUAUCAGUUUAUUAAGAGCCGUUUCCAAAAGUUUCGAUGUAGUGGCACGCUCUAUCCUAAAUAAUUCAUUUUUUCGGCUUGGCGAGCAACUGGAUAAGGCAAUGAGCCGAAUGAAAAAGAUGUUACCAAAAAGAGAGUCACAGCGAAGGCUACAUACUUUGUCGCGUGUUAAUGAGGUUUAUUCAGCGUUGGAAACACGCUAUGCAUUGCUUUCUAUGACAUUCAGGAAGUAUAUCGACAAUGAUUCUUGUUGCUUUAUAGCUGGCAAAGUUUUGGAUGAAGGUUUCUCCGUACUGCGUAUGUUGGACAGUUGUGUUAAACGGAGAGUGCAACCACCGGAAACACAGGAAUCUUUAAGAGAUAUUCGGGAUUAUUCGAGUAUGGCAAUGGAAUAUUUCGAAGAACAGAUUGCACCAGCUCUACGUAUUCGAGAUCCUUUGAGUCUUCUAUGUCGUUCUCAUUCUCGAUACUCAUUGGAAUCUCUGCCUAACAGUUUCUCGUCUGCAACAUUGAGUGAUAGUGUUCGUUCAUUAUGCAGUACAUCCCCUUCGAAUAUCGUAAUAGGCAGGAGCAGUAAUACUCCAGUGACACGUAGUUUUGGUGAUUUUGCAAAGAUGAACCAAUGGAAAAGGAGGAUUGAUGAGAAAGUCAAGCAGCAUGAACGAAUAAUCGCUGAGCAGGAUCGUGUGAUACGUGAACAAAGCAAAGCUAUAAAUAAUAUUAUUGAGUGCAUGCAUCAAAUUAGUUCAAAAAUUUCGUUCAACUUCAUAAAAGAAUUGAAAGCUGUUGAAGAACUGUCACAACCAAAUUCACCUCCUGCAGGUCCGUCUGGAAAAAUGAAACGUUUAGGGAAAAGAAAAUCCAGUACAACAUUACCCAAGAAGGAUGUAAAGCGAAACUAA